AGAUCUUGGAAUUUUAGGGCUAGGCUAGGGUUUGGGCAGAGAAGGGGGAAAGGAAGAUGAUGGAGGGCGCCGUGGAGGCAGAUCCAGUGUCCACUGCUGCGCAAUGGCGGAGCUCCGUGUCGCGCAAGCUCCAGCAGGUGUUGGAUCGAUGGACGCCAUUCCCGAUGUGGCGCUGGCUGGGGACGCUGGUGGCGGCGUCGAUCUAUGGCAUCAGGGUGUACUACCUGGAGGGAUUCUAUGUCAUCACGUACGCUCUGGGGAUCUAUCUUCUCAAUCUCCUCAUCGGAUUUCUCUCGCCGCAAGUGGAUCCCGAGUACGAGGGCCCGGUUUUGCCGCACAUUGUCAAGGAGAGCGAUGAAUUCCGGCCGUUUAUGAGGAGGCUCCCGGAAUUCAAGUGCUGGUAUGGCUUGACGAGAGCUAUCGGCAUUGCUUUCGUGAUGACCUUCUUCCCGAUAUUCGACGUUCCAGUGUUUUGGCCAAUCCUGGUGAUCUACUGGGUCGUGCUUUUGUUCCUCACGAUGAAGAGACAAAUACUUCACAUGGUGAAGCAUAGAUACAUUCCAUUCUCUAUCGGUAAACAGCGCUACAGCGGGAGGGCAUCGUCUUCUGACAAGGAGGAAGACCAUCCCGAGACUCCCAGUUUUGAUGAAUCUAAUCACGAUGACGACCAGGCCUGAUUGAUCGAUCGCUCGAUCCAUCCAAUCUUCUCCCGCGAGAAGAUUAAAAAUGGAUCUCUUUUGUAAAGCUGUGCUUCUAUAGGAGAGAGGAGAAGCUCCACUUUCACUCUCUUCUAUCUGUUAGAACAAAACCAUAGUUUUGACGCU